GGUCCCCCGCGGCGGGGCUGGCGGCAGCGGCCGGCCGCACUGCGCCCAGGCGCCCGCCCUCGCUGCAGCUCCGGGUGCCGCCGCCCGCCCGGCCCCCCGCGGGCGCUGCCUGGCCAUGGCCGCGGCCUCCUCCCCGCCCAGGCCCGACAAGAAGCGCUGGGGCUGCGGCCGCCUGCCGGGCUCCCGGCGGGGCAGCACGGGCCUGGCCAAGAAGUGUCCCUUCUCGUUAGAGCUGGCGGAGGGCGGCCCGGGGGGCGGCGCGCUCUACGCACCCAUCGCGCCGCCGGGCGCCCCGGGGCCCGCGCCCCUCGCGUCCCCGGCCGCGCCCCCGACCGCCGCCGACCUUGCCCCGCGGCCGCCCGUGAGCCUCGACCCGCGCGUCUCCAUCUACAGCGCGCGCCGCCCGCUCCUCGCGCGCACCCACAUCCAGGGCCGCGUCUACAACUUCCUCGAGCGCCCCACCGGCUGGAAGUGCUUCGUGUACCACUUCGCAGUCUUCCUCAUCGUCCUGGUCUGCCUCAUCUUCAGCGUGCUGUCCACCAUCGAGCAGUACGUCGCCCUGGCCACAGGGACCCUCUUCUGGAUGGAGAUUGUGCUGGUGGUGUUCUUUGGGACGGAGUACGUGGUCCGCCUCUGGUCGGCAGGCUGCCGGAGCAAGUACGUGGGCGUCUGGGGGCGGCUGCGCUUUGCCCGGAAGCCCAUCUCCAUCAUCGACCUCAUCGUGGUCCUGGCCUCCAUGGUUGUCCUCUGCGUGGGCUCCAAAGGGCAGGUGUUCGCCACCUCGGCCAUCAGGGGCAUCCGCUUCCUCCAGAUCCUGAGGAUGCUGCACGUUGAUCGCCAGGGAGGCACCUGGAGGCUGCUGGGUUCUGUGGUCUUCAUCCAUCGCCAGGAGCUCAUCACCACCUUGUACAUCGGCUUCCUGGGUCUCAUCUUCUCCUCGUACUUCGUGUACCUGGCCGAGAAGGACGCCGUGAACGAGUCGGGUCAAGUGGAGUUUGGCAGCUACGCGGAUGCCCUGUGGUGGGGGGUGGUCACGGUCACCACCAUCGGCUACGGGGACAAGGUGCCCCAGACGUGGGUCGGGAAGACCAUUGCCUCCUGCUUCUCUGUGUUCGCCAUAUCCUUCUUCGCGCUCCCGGCGGGGAUUCUCGGCUCCGGCUUCGCCCUGAAGGUCCAGCAGAAACAGAGGCAGAAACACUUCAACAGGCAGAUCCCGGCCGCAGCCUCUCUCAUUCAGACGGCGUGGAGGUGCUAUGCGGCCGAGAACCCCGAGUCCUCCACCUGGAACAUCUACGUCCGGAAACCCACCCGGAGCCACACCCUGCUGUCCCCCAGCCCCAAGCCCAAGAAGUCUGUCAUGGUAAAGAAGAAGAAGUUCAAACUGGACAAGGACAACGGGGUGAGUCCCGGAGAGAAGACGCUCACGGUCCCCCACAUCACAUGCGAGCCCGUGUCAGAAAAGCGGAGGCCAGACCACUUCUCCGUGGACACCUGCGACAGCCCUGUGAAGAGCCCCAUGCUGCUGGAAGUGAGCACGACCCACUUUUUGAGAACCAACAGCGUGGCCGAGGACCUGGAUCUGGAGGGGGAGACGCCGCUGGUCCCCAUCACGCACGUGUCACAGCUGCGGGAGCACCAUCGGGCCACCAUCAAGGUCAUCCGGCGUAUGCAGUAUUUUGUGGCCAAGAAGAAAUUCCAGCAAGCGCGGAAGCCCUACGACGUGCGGGACGUCAUCGAGCAGUACUCCCAGGGCCACCUCAACCUCAUGGUGCGCAUCAAAGAGCUGCAGAGAAGGCUGGACCAGUCCAUCGGGAAGCCGUCCCUUUUCAUCUCUGUCUCAGAAAAGAGCAAGGACCGGGGCAGCAACACCAUUGGGGCCCGCCUCAACCGGGUAGAAGACAAGCCGGGGCUGCUGCACCAGAUUUAUCCGGGAGAAGACAGGAUCAGGCCCCUGUCCGGGGACCUUACACAGGUGGCGCAGCUGGACCAGAGGCUGGUGCUCAUCACGGACAUGCUUCAGCAGCUGCUGUCCCUGCACCACGGCGGCCCCCCGGGGAGCCGCCCCCCCAGCGGGGGCGGGGCUCAGGUGCAGCCCUGCGGCCCCACCAACCCUGAGCUCUUCCCGCCGGGCAACGCCCUGCCCACCUACGAGCAGCUGACUGUGCCCCGCAGGGGCCCCGAGGAGGGGUCCUGAUGGGGGCUCGGGGCCCCAGGCCCUCGAGGGAAGGCCCGGAGGGGGGCGGCCGGGCCCACCUCCCACCCAGCAGGGGCCCCCUGGGUCACUGGCCCCUCCCUCGCAGGCCCCAGACCCCCCCCCCCAACCCGUGAGCCGCGCUGCCCUGAGAGCCUGCUCUUAAAGGGUCCCUGAGGCCGCCUCCCCCCAGCCGGCGGGUACUAGAACUUGGCUGGGUUCGGGGGCCCCUCUCGACUCUGAGACCACACCGUGGACCCCACAUCACUCGUGUGGCAGUUGGGACACGGUGGCAGGGCGCAGGCUGGACACCCGAGGCACUUGGUGCAUCCCACCUACGGCCAAGAGACAGCACAGGGAGUGCAGGCCCACCCUGGUAGGCCCUAGGGGGCUUCCUGAGAGGAGACAGAGGGGCCGCCUGGACAGGGUCUGGGGGUACCACACCCUCAGACUCGAACCCAGGACCCCUGGAGAAGGCAGGCAGGGCAGGGCAGGCCCAGCCCAUGCCAACUCAAGGAUGCCCAUGACGGAGGCCCCGGAGCCCCACUCAGCAGGCCCCAGGCCUGGGCCACGGCUUCGGGCAGGAGGGACCAGCCCACCGCGGUCCCCAGAGUGCUCCCCUGGGGGUGGAAUGUCCCCCACUUUGGACUGGCAGCUUCUCCCGCUCACUCCCUGCCCCGCGUGCGGCCCCCCGCCUCAGCUCCCCGCCAGGUCUGAUCAGCUGGAAAGAGGCACAGAACCGUCGUGUCCCCUGGCCGGCUGCUGGGCGAGGAGUUGCGUGAGGCUGUCACGGUCCCUGCAUGGGACAGGGGCUCCUCCCGGGCGUCACGUCUCACAGAAAUCAGAAUAAUUUAAGGUGAUUUGGAAUCUGUGUUUUAAUGAGUUUCACAGUAUGAUUUUGAGUCUUCAUUGUGACGCUUUUCCUAAUAAACGUGGUCUCACGAAA